AUGUCUUCCGUGCAAGUGGAUCUAGAAAACUGCUACUUCCCACCUUCAAAGAUCGCUCUCGUGGUCCGUUUGGUAAAUGAAGUUCAGAGUCUUCAUUCCAAAGUUUCCUUCAAAGACGUUAUCCAGACUUAUCUAUUAGCAGUAGACAGACAUGGUAUUUUGAAUACGUCUCGUAGAUAUUGGGGAGGGGACAAGGGAUGGAAGGGGACAUUGAUUGUCUUAUUAGCUAUUCGUAAGCUUGCAUACCGUACUAGAAAGGGAAAACUGCAAUGGAACGAGUUCAUUCUUUCGGAGGCUAAGCGUAUUGUGGACCUUCAGGCCUCUCGUCGAUGGCAAGCUACUCAUUAUCCUGAACAUGUGCCAGCUAAGUCUGUGACCCCGUUGUUUUUUGGGGGUGGGGAAUCUCAGAUGAGAUUGAAUCAAAUCAAAUCCGGAAUGAGCUUCCUAUGGGAGCUCAUUCGACAUCGAUUAUCAACAGGUCGCCCUGGAACUGAGCCAGAUCCCUUUGUCUCUGUAAUUCCCAAAGAGAACAUGGAAAGUGCGGCCAACUCUACGGACAAUCCCGACACUGACAACACAGAUUCAACAAACAAUCAAAAAGAAGAAGGAGUUAAGGACAAAGCAGAUUCUCACCCUUGCUUAGGUACAACUGAUGAUGUGCCAGCGGACAACUCUUCAAGCUCCACUUCCAGUUCGGCAAAAGAGGAAGACAGCGGAGGUGAAGAAGGUGAAGACGGUGAAAGUGAUGCAAUGGUAGAAAAAAGUGAUGAGCCCGAAUCAGAUGAUGAGUUCGAAACAAACUCAGACUUGGACAUGAUGAAUGAUGUUGAAGGAGUGGCCUAUGUGAAGAGAGGGACUACCUGUGACCAAGCAAAAUCACGCUUUGAUCAUGUGGCCUCUACCAUCUGUUCGAUGAUUGCGUUUGCAAAUAACCGUUCAGUGAAUGGCCUUCAGCUCGAAAAUUCUAUAGCCUUUCUGGCAGGUGGGGAAAAUUAG